UUGUAAUAACAAUUCAAUGCUAAGGAACACUGCUCCACAUACCAACGAAAUUCGACUUGUUCUGUGCGGCGCGGAAAAAUUAACGUAUUGACGUCAUUGCGAAAUUCGAGAAAUUACACUGCACGAAAGAACGCCACUAGUUCUAAACAAACAAUUGCCGCGGAAGCAGAAGUAAAUAAACUAUUACAAAACACAGAAAACUUGUGGAGGGUGGAGUGAGUGAAGCUGGUAAACAGUAAAUUCGUUCAUGUUAAUUACGCCGAGGCAAAUGCCAAACUUUGGUCUACGUUUGCGCAAGGAUUUGAAUGUUAAUGAUAAACCCUGAAUGAGAUUCAGGCGAAUCUAUCAAUGACCAGGUGAAGUAAAUAUAGCAAAGACUUUCGGCAGGGUCGGACCACACACCGCAUAUGCAGCACUUAUAGAAAAACUAAUUUAAAAAACAAAAAAACAAACGACGGCUACAUUUUCUGUAUACGAAAGAUACAUUAAAAUGGCUGAAAACCAAACAAAAACGACCUCUAGCAAAGGAUUCAAUGAGAAGAGAUUAACCGCACCACAGAUCCUGAGACCCCACAAUGCUGGGGCUGGAGGAGUGCGUAGUGGAACAGAGCCCCAAGGCAGGGCCACAGCGAGCUUCCAGGAAGACUGGCAGACGCUGGUCGUCGGCAAAAAUAAAUUGAAGCGCAAGAAGAAGCUAAGCACAUCCCUGACAUCCGUUGGGGAUACAGUCAAUCAGGAGAAGCGCACCCGUAUCGAGGGUAUCCACUUGCAGUGUCGCGGCAAAUUGCGCGCCAAGGAUACAAAUACUUUUGAGGCUGCAAAAGUACCAAGUGCAGGCAUCAAACCCGCGAAGACAGAGCGUCCACCGGUGAUCAUUGGAGGAGUAACCACAACCAAUGUGAAAGCAGCACCGCCGCAGCGGAUAAAGCGCAAGCUGCAGGAGAAUCUGGAUACCAUACAAAAGUUAAAUGCACUCACGGAGCAGCUACGUUUGGAGGUGAACGAGCUCAAGUCCAGCCUGAUCACAGAGCGAGGAGCAGUGCGUGCCCUAAGGGCCCAAAACGAUGCCGAUAGCCGCAAAUGGAAGAACGAUGUUAAGAAACUUCAGCACACGCUGGACGUAACCAAAAAGUGUAAUGGUUCAAAGAAACCCAACGAAUUGGCCCACGAGGCCAACAAUGCCAGCACCAGCACACACGUGACGACGGCCGAUGGCCUCGUCAACUAUGAAAUCCAAAGACUGACAAACGAAAUUGCCGUGCUAAAGGAAGCAAACAAAACUAAGGAGGAAAAGUCCCAGAUUAUUGGGCAGGCUGAUAGACUCAAGGCUGCCGAUAUGCGGCAAUUGAAGAAUGCAUAUGAAAACCGAUUGACUCAGAUACAAAAAUCAGCCAAAAUUGAAAUAACACGUUUGCUAGAGGAAAUCAAAACCAAAGAACGUAAUAUAGGACAACUGAAGAAGGAUUUGUUGACAUUGCAGGGCCCACCGGGCCCUAAGAAAAGGCCCUCGAAUGAAGCCAAAAUGUCAGCGACGAUGAAACACAAAACGAACGAAACGAGCCAAAAGCCAAAGAAACCUACAACGAUCCCAACUACAACUUCAACAACUUCAACAAUAUCAAAAGCAGCAAAAGCUAAAAACGAACCAGAUACAGAUACUCGUACUACAGCACCAAAUCCCAUACACCAGGCUCAAGUUACACCUGAGAUAACACAACUCAAGAACAUUGAGCUAAUCAACAAUACGAAAAAUGCGCAUAAAUCAACGCUCGAGAUGCGCACAACACUGAAGAGCAGCAACAGCCAGAAGGAGGAGCAGCAGCAGCAGCAGCAGCAGCAGCAGCAGAUUGGAGCCACCACAUGGAUGACAACGCUGCUAAAUGGCCAUGCAGCAGCCAAGACAAAGGACAACAACAACUCGGAUACGGACUCGGCACUCUCAUCGGCACCGCCUUCGAUUAGUCCACAGCCGCCUUCAAGUGGCUCCGACAGCGGUGUCAUCUGGCAGACUCUGCAGGAUCUGGACAAACUGCAGAAGGAAGCGGAAAUGUAUCACAAGGAGAACGAACGUCUGCAAACAGAAGUGCAGCUGAUGAAACAGGAGCUGGAGAGCGCCGAGAAGGCAGCCAUCAGCCACACGCAUAUCAAUGAGCUGAUGCACCGCAUCAAGGAGCUCGAAGAGCAGCAAAUGCACAUCAGCGACGAGUCCAACGAGCUGCGCGAACAGAACGAACUCCUCGAGUUUCGCAUACUCGAACUAGAGGAUGAUAGCGAUAAGAUGGACAGCACCUGCGAGGGUCACUGUCAGCGGUUGCAGAAUCUGCUGGAGGAGUCCGCACAGCACUUGGAGGAUCGGGACAAGCGCUGCCUGCAACAGUUGCUGCAAUGCGUCCAGCAAUUGGAUUUGGAUGCCAUGAUGCCAUCGGGCGAACAGACGAAAGCAGAUCAGCGUCUGCGGCAUACACAGAGCCACAAUCGCAUCGUUGCCACCGUUCAGCCGUACAGCAACUGUUGCGCCCCGCCCAGUGCCCCACCAACGCCCAGCAAGCGAUCUUCGAGUGCCGCCGCCGCAGCCGCCUGGCAGAGCAGCAGCCUCAGCGAAAGCGGCGUCUUUGUAGAGUGCGAUCUGUCCACAUCCUCCGCAGUCUACCAGCACCCGCAUCUGCAGUACUACCAGGAGCGCCUGGACCAGCUGGAGCGCAAGAUUCUGGUCUACGAGAGUGCCGGGGAGACGCAGGCGCAGCAUCUGUCACAGCGACUGCAGCGAGAGGUGCUGCUGGAGAAGGAGGCGCGAGAGCUGAGCGAUCGGGUGCGACAGCUGAUCGAGGAGAACGCCCUGUUGGAGGAGGCCAAGUGCGAGUUCGAGGAGGCGGAGAACGACACGCGGUUGCACCUGCAGCGCAACGAGGUGGAGCUGGAGAUCACGCGGCAGCGGAACGUCGAGCUAGAGUUCAGCAAGGACGCAUUGAGUGCCAAGUACAAGGACUGCAGGGCCGAGUGCCUGAUUCUGAGGGAGGACUUGGCUGCCGCCGAGACGCAGUUGGAGCAUCUGCACGAGGAGCGUCAGCGAACGAAGCGGCAGUUGGAGGCGCUGCGGCGAUCUCUGCCCCUGCUGUUGAUCUGUCGCCUGCUGGCCUUGGCCAAAAUGGGCAACGACAUGUCCAUCAACGAUACUUCCCGCCUCUACUCCGGACAGUGUGAUGGCACCGAGGACACAAUCAGCCAAGGAGAGAGUCCACGCCACAGUUGUGACGCCCGGGAGGUCAUCUUUCUGCGGGAGGAGGUCAAGGUGCUGCGCAGCCAGCUAAAGGACCUCAAUUCGCGCCACUACGAGGCCAUGGAGUCGGCCGACUCGCACUGGGCCGAGCAGGAGCAGGAGUACAAGGAGCGCGAGGAGGCGUAUCUGGCCAAGGAGGUGUCCCUCAAGCAAAAGAUUGGCCAGCUGCAGGAUUGCCUGCGCGAGGACUCGCGUGCGGCUGCCGAGAAGAUCCAGCAGCUGGAGGAGACCGAAGUGGGCCUGAAGACCUGCCUGAUGCGGCUGACCAAAGAGCAUCGCGAUCUCCUCGAGGACAAUCGCGUGCUGCGCAGCCAAGUGGAGAGCCACAAGGCCCAGGAGCAACUGGAGGCGGAGCAGCAGAUGGCCGUGGCGCUGGAGAGCGAGAAGCGACGCUGCCAGGCGCUGAUCGAUGACCUCAGUUUCGCCAAGAAGCUGCAGGCGAGCACCGAGGAGGCGCUCAAGCAGGAGGCCGAGGGACUGCGCAGCCAAAUGUACGAUCUCCGCAAGAGCUUCAUGCACAUCGAAGUCACCAAUGGGGAGCUGAAGGAGGAGGUCGGCACGCUGGAGAACAAGAUCCGGCAGAUGGAGUCGCAAUUGAAGGAGUCCGAAGAGCGCGCCCGCUGCCUGGAGGAUGAGCUGCGCACCAAGGACGAGCUGUGCCAGCGCAUGGAGCGCGAAAUUGGAGUCAUCCCGGAGGGCUUUAGCCUCGCCCACGAGCUCUACGACAGUCCGGCCAAGCGGGUCAAACGAGAGGAGAUCAAGGACUUGCAGACCGCAAGCCUGGGACUGGGCUGUGCCCUGCGCGAGCAACGGAACAGCGCGACAGACUUUAGUUCAAACAGGGAAUUCCAGGUGCUGGCAUGCAACGUAAAGCAGCUGGCGGACCACAUACUCGCUUCCAAGAAUCCGUCCGAGGUGAGUACCAUGUACCAGUCCUGCCACUCUGAUGAGUCGCUCCAUGCACGUGGAGAUGAAGGUGGUGAAGUAGCAGGAGGAGCAGAAGGAGAAGGAGGAGAUGUGCGUGGUGAGGGUGGAGCUGCUGUUCAAGUGUUGCCGAAACCACAACGCAGGUCUGCCAAAGUUCAGGCAGCACUACGCAGAUAUCGACGCUUGCACGGUGUCAAUUCGAGUGAGAGCAAGACUGAAGAGAAGAGGGACAUCAGCGGGCAGAUCAGCGAGAUGCCAGCUUCCAUGGAAGCUUCCAGCGAGCCGCCUGUGUGCAUGGAGACUCUCAGCGAGCUUCCUGCUUCCAUCGUAGCUCCCAGCGAGCUUCCUGCUUCCAUGGAAGCUUCCAGCGAGCCGCCUGUGUGCAUGGAGACUCUCAGCGAGCUUCCUGCUUCCAUCGUAGCUCCCAGCGAGCUUCCUGCUUCCAUGGAAGCUCCCAGUGAGCCUCCUGCUUCCAUGGAGACUUUUGGCGAGGUUCCUGCUUCCAUGGAGACUCUUGGCGAGGUUCCUACCACCCUGGAAUCUUUCUUCGACGUCGAUGAGGGCACAAGAGAACUCCAUCCAGAGAUGGAGCCGAAAGAGAAACUCAAUUCAAAGCGACGCAAGCGGAAGAGCCUCAAGCGGUACAUCUGCAGUCGCAUCUAUCGCGGACGAGUGCGCCGCCGUGCCCUGCAGCGGAAUCUCUCCAACAACAGUUUCCACUCGAUGUCCUCCAUUUACACCCUCCAUUCGGACACAUCGCUCCUGUCCCUGCGUUCACAGCACGCGAGUUGUGUGGAAUUGCCACUUGCUAAAGCGUGCUGCGUGUCCAUUGUCCAAACGGAGUCGCUGUCCACUUGCGCUCAGGAGGUGCAGGCCGCGCCCGAGACCUCGGAGUGUGACAUUCAAUGUGAACUUGUGGACGUGGAGCAGCGUCUGCUGCUGUUGCCGGACCGUACACGCAGAUUUGUGAAGCUGCUGCAGUCGGAGGUGCAGGAUGUGCCAGGGUUCAGGGCCCGCCUGCUGCAUGAGUGGGAGAGCAGCGAGUCCUUUCGCGAAAACAUUGAACGGGUGCAGGACCUGUACUGGACGCGGGAGCCCGAGCCCUUGGAGAGCAUGAAGGUAUUUGUCAGUGCCAAGGGAGGUGUGCGUGACUUGGCUAAGCUGCUCCACCCAAAGGCUUCAUUUACGCUAAACAAGAUCGAGCAGCGCAUCAACGAACGUUUGGUGAUGUUCCACUCCAAAAAGGAACUUAGGUGGAGCAGGCAGAAAAGGGCAGAAAUGUUGGAAGCUCUAGCAAAUGCUGAAAAUCAGGAAAGGGCGGAACAGACCGAGGAAGAUCAGGAAAUGGAGGAACUGGCUGAAAAUCAAGCAAAUGCUGAAAGUCAGAAAAGUGCGGAACAGGCUGAGGAGAAUCAGGAAACGGAGGAACAGGCUGAGGAAGAUCAGGAAUGGGUGGAACAGGCUGAGGAAAAUCAGGAAUGGGCGGAACAGGCUGAGGAGAAUCAGGAAAUGGAGGAACAGGCUGAGGAAGAUCAGGAAUGGGUGGAACAGGCUGAGGAAAAUCAGGAAUGGGCGGAACAGGCUGAGGAAUAUCAGGAAAGAUCAGAACAGGCUGAACAUCAGGAAGAGGCAGCAAAGAAACCGAAUCCCUUAGCACAUAUUGGCCGACCAAAUAAUUUAUUCGAGUUAAUGGGUGUUGGCUUGAGAUGUUGAUACAAAGUCAUUCAAUAUAAAAAUCGAAAUUAAA